AUGAACACCACAGGCGCAUGUCUUGAUAUGGCCGGAAACAAACCGACGGUAGAUGCCCCCUCGGUGAAAGCGUUCAAAGACGCAGGUGCUAUCAUUCUAGGAAAGACAAAUCUCCAUGAAUUGGCGCUCGAGGGUCUGAGUGUUUCGUCCUAUGGCGGACAGACUAUCAACCCGUAUGACCAUACACGGACUCCUGGAGGAAGCAGUGGCGGCACGGGAGCAGCAAUAGCCGCGAAUUUCGCUGUGUUUGGAACUGGCACAGACACAGUCAACAGCCUGAGAAGUCCCGCAGCAUCAAACUCUUUGUUCAGCUUCCGUCCAACUCGCGGGCUGCUCUCUAGAGCAGGUGUCGUCCCCAUCAGCGUGACUCAGGACACUGUCGGCGUCAUCGGGAGAAGCCCCAAGGAUCUUGCAGUUGCACUCACCGUCAUGUCGACCAUGGGCUACGACCCUGCCGAUAACGUUACAGCCCUGAUCCCACCUGAAGUAGUUGGUAAAGAUUACACCGUUGCCGUACGGGGCGGCUCUUUGAAAGGGCUGCGUGUUGGCCUCAUUCAGGGGUUCUUCAACCACACCACCACGAAUGAGACCACACCCGUCAACGAGGCCAUGACGAACAUGGUCAGCGUGCUCCAAGGAGCUGGUGUAAAGGUCAUUAACAUCACCGAGUCCAUCUACAAUGCCACGGCCAUCAGCGCGGCGCUCGAUGUCCAGGCGUAUGAGUACCGCGAGACGCUCAACGCCUAUCUUGCAGGCCCUAAUCUGACCGGCACUCGACCCGCGAGUUUUGGUGAUAUCUACUCGAGCGGCAAAUUCGUCGUCAUACCCAGCCAGUACAAUUUCAUAAAUUCAUCCACACGCUCGUCCACCGGCAAUAGCACGUAUUUUGUUGCGCAGCGCGGCAUCACCAAUCUCACUGCCGCCGUCCGCGCAACAUUCCAGCGUCACCAGCUCGACGCACUGAUCUACCCAGAGCAAAAGAACCUCGUUGUGAAACUUGGGGCUCCCUCACAGUCUGGACGCAACGGCAUCCUAGCUGCACUGACGGGCUGCCCUGUUGUCGUUGUACCAGCGGGAUUCUCGCCGCCGAGCGACGAUGCGCCUAUUGGAAUUCCGAUUGGGAUGGAAAUCUUUGGCCUGCCGUGGUCAGAAGAUAAGCUGCUGAACAUUGCGCAGCACGUCAGCGAGAUUGCGCCGAUUAGGCGGAUGCCGACGUUUACGAAUGCCACUGUUGAGGUGACGGCUGCGUAUGAGGAGGUGCCUACCAUCACGCCAAAUAGGGGUAACAUCCCUGCGGCUUAUCCAGUUGGCAAGCUGUCAUCAUCUUGA